CGCAUCCUCCUCUCAAGCUGUCAGGAGCAAGCGACGGUCUUCUCUGUGUUGGUGAAGGAGUGAGUGCUCAACUUGAGAAACAAACCCGUGACUUUUUACCGACUCUGUAAUUCGAGAAAUAAACGGAACGAGAAGUGGUUGGAUGCUGCGAUUACAGACACGACGAAGUUGGAAUGAGAAAACGCGCAAAAAAGUUUAUAACGAGACGAAUAAAUAAGGAUGCACUGGUUAUUUCCAAAUUUAAGUCUUCUUGUUUGCCUUCACAGCUGUAUAUCAGCCUUUACGUUGGAAACCUUAUCCCAGUCACAUGAUGAAUCCUACUAUGAGUAUGUUCCUGUUCGCUUACAGUGGAACAGAGCAGGAGAAGAGUGUAAACAACGCUCUGGGACCUUAGCCACUGUCUCUAGCCCAACAGAGAAAGAAGAGCUCAACAACUUUUUAAAGUCUUUGUACAUCUCUCAUCCUGUGUGGAUUGCCAGGAAAGUCAUGACACAUCUCACAAGUUUUUCACAGACCCAGAUUCUGGAGUUCAAUGGGCGCUCGGAAACCAAGUUUGCCCGUCUCAAGCAUAAGUUCCCCUCCAUGAGUGCAGUGACCGUUUGCACUCGUCUCCACUUUGAUCCAAACUGCUUUGGAUUUUCCACCAUCUUCUCUUAUUCCAUUCAGUCCUACAUUAAUGAGUUCCAGCUCCGAGCACACAUGAUUCAGGGCAAACCCAUUCAGCUGGCACUGCUGGUCCACGGUGUUCAUGGACCUUAUCACGACGCCCUUGACCAUGACGGCUUCUGGCACUCAGUCUGUGUUUCUUGGAGCCAGAAUGGUGGACACUGGGCACUUUAUACUGAUGGCUUUGCUUCUGCCAGGGGUGAUGGCCUCAACAGUUCGGACAGCAUUGGCAGUGAUGGACAUUUCAUUAUUGGACAGGAGCAGGACACCUUUGGGGGCUCAUUUAAGAAGAAUGAGUCAUUCUCAGGGAACAUCACAGAGCUGCACAUAUGGGAUCGGGUACUGAACAGCAGUGAAAUCUACACUAUGGAAAAGGAGUGCUCACCCAUUUCCUCUGGGCUGGUAUUCAAAUGGAGUGGAGAAAAAAUAGAGUCCUCCCUCCCUAAGAUGUGGAGGGACAACCCUUGUCAAGGAGACAUCAACAUAUUAGAAACUUCAGUCAUGGAUUCUCAACAGGAUGGAUAUUCUUUGCAGAACCAACUGCUCAUCUUUGAGUUAUUUCCCAGCUUACAGUCUCAAGAGGAUUGUGGCAUCUUUGACCCUCUUAAUGGGAGCAUGAACCUGGCUAAAUGUGAUUCAUUAAGAGAAGCUGUCUGCCAAUUCAAAAAAGAAGUCCUGGAUAGUAUCACUCUACCAAAGACACAGUUCUUCAGUAGACUGAGCAAGAAUCCUCUGGCUAAGCCUAUGAUCGAGGAGCUGAGUGUUAACACGUCCCAGGAGAGAGACCUGACAGCGCUCCAGCAGUUGACCCAAGCUGUUCUGCAAAUGUUGGAGGUGGAUGGACACAACCUCCUUACAUCCAGUGAUGUCCACUUCCUCACAAGGAUGAUUGACAUGGAUCUGACUGCCCUUGCUAGAUCAUAUUCUGCAGAAGAUAACAUUUUAGAGCUCAUGGUGUCCAUUGCUACGAACUACGUGAAAACUGCGAGUGUGAUGUUGGAGCCCCACAUGGCCCCUUUGUGGAUGGGCCUGACGGAUGAUGGGGUCAGCAUGGGACCAUUCAAUGUUGUUGAGAGCAUAGAUAAUCUCCUUAAAUCUCUUGCAGACAUGCUAGCUGCUGAGGAAAGGGGCUUUACACUUUCUACCAGAAAUAUAGAUGUUUACAUGAAGUGGCAAAAGCUGUCAGAAGACAGCCAAAGUCAAGUCUUUAAGCCAUCUAGCAUCAGCUCCCAUAGCAGUAGCAGCAGUCAGGAUGAGCUGGUUAUUCCUGACACUGAGCUCCAGAGGGUUCACAGACUUGGUUAUGAAGAAGUGAUGCUGAUCCAUACCCACUACAGCCAUCUGAGCAAAAUUGUGUCUGGAGCACAUGAGCUACAGCUGAUGAACAAAGAGAAGGCAGAAAGAGUUCCUUCGGAUCACCUGACUUCUGCCGUCAUAUCAGCCUCCGUUCGUGAUACCUCCAAGGCCCAAACCAUCUCUGUGGCAGUCAAGUACACCUUGUCAUCAUCUCAUGUGGUGAAGUAUUCCCAGCAUGCUACCCCUGUCUGUGCAUUUUGGAAUUUUGAAAGCAUGUACAAUCAGACCAAUAGCUGGUCCAGUGAUGGUUGCAGGGUGACCUUCGCCAGCCCUGGUGUCACUUCCUGCCAGUGUAACCAUACCACCAACUUUGCAGUGCUGAUGAAUUACCUGGAGUCGAAGUGGAGUCCUGAGGAAGAGCUCAUUUUAACCAAGCUGACGUUUAUUGGCUGUGGUGCAUCUCUGUGUGCGCUCGUGGUGACCUUGAUGCUGUUCACUGUACUGGAUAUUCCAAAAUCUGACAGGACGUCCAUCCAUAAGAACCUGUUUAUUGCUCUGAUCUGUGCCCAGGUGAUCCUGCUAUGCAGUGGUUCAGCCAUUCACAACAAGGUGGCAUGUACGCUUGUGGCAGCGCUGCUUCAUCUCUUCUUCAUGGCAGCGUUUAGCUGGAUGCUGGUGGAGGGUCUGCUGCUCUGGAGCAAGGUGGUCGCAGUAAACUUAAAUGAGGAUCGACACAUGAAAUAUUAUUAUCUCAUUGGCUGGGGUUUGCCGGUGCUGAUCGUUACCAUCACACUGGCAUCAGCCUCAGGCAAAUACUCGGCCGAUGGCUACUGCUGGCUGAGUGUCCAGAAUGGAAUAAUCUGGGGCUUCGCUGGUCCUGUCAUCUUCAUCAUCAUGGUGAAUCUCAUGGUACUGACCAGGGUGGUGAUCAUCACCAUCUCCACAGCUAAGAGAAGGUCCAUCAUGUUGGCCAUGGGCACAAGUCCUGUUGAACAAGCCUAUGAACAACUGAGGGCAGCAGUGAAAGCUGUGUUGGUGUUACUCCCUAUUCUUGGCUUGACAUGGCUGUGUGGUGUCCUGGUGCCUUUUUCCAUUGUGAUGGCCUACAUCUUCAUUCUCCUCAACUCCUUGCAGGGCCUGUUCAUCUUCCUGAUAUAUGGGGUGUACAACACAGAGGUUCGGAGCACGGUCAACAGGAUCAAGGAGAGGAGAAAAGCGCUUAAUUUUUCAAACUGUGCCAGCUCCAGACCAUCCAGCUCAGUUACCAGCUCUCGGCCUGUCAGUUUCCCCCUGGGAACCAGCCCAAGUCAGGAGGAGGAGACCACCCCAACUGACUCUAGCAGCACCAACAAUAACACAGGGAAGGAGGAGGACAAGACCAGAGGUCAGCUGUCCAUUCCUUCCGGUCCAGAGAGACAAGAAAAUCCCUCGAGCCGGACCUCCGAAGGCACUCAUCUUCAUAGAAAGGAGCGUUCUCCCUCAGAGGUGGAUGCCUUGCAGGCUGGUUGUAGCCUUCAUGUUCCCAUGGAGCUGGAGUUUGCGACUUCCUGUUUCCCUCGCAGCUCCACACCUCAAAAAAGCUACGGCCUCGUCUGUGUCGACUGACCUGGCUGCUGACGGUGACUUUAGUUUCGUUGGAUUCCUUCCUUAAUCACAGUUGGUGAAUCGUCAUCUGUCAUCUUUUUUUCCUGAACUUUAAAAACUUCUGUCGGUUUAAAUCACUGAAGAGACAUUGGUACGGUUGGGGUUGGGAACCUUCAUUCUGGUGUGUAUUAUUAACAGUCACCCUUGACUCAUUCUGCCUUUCACGCUUAGUGAUGAUUGUUAAGCUGUGCUAUUGAAUGAAAAUCUCAGAUUUGUGUUUUUAAUCUUAAGUCUUAAGUUUUCACUGAAAAUAUGUCUCCUCCUGCAUUCUGUAUAUCUGAAUAUUUCUGGUGUACUCUUCAUUCAUGGCUUCACAUGCUGUACAUCUGCUUGUGAGGGUGUUACUGUGUUGUUUGUAAAGUGUGCAGUAACCCUGAUUUGAGUAUUUGGGCUUACAUGUGGCUGGUAAGUGUAAGAUAUAUCAUGUAACUGUGAUGUCUGUCUUUUUUGAUUCAGGUAAACACUCUUUUCACCUACCACCUCCCUUUUUCCUCCCCCUUAUACCGUCACAUUAUUGAAUAAAGACCUGAAUGGCAUGAAACUCUA